UUGUAUUUAAACAGCAAAACCGCAUCAUUGUUGUCAUAUCCGAGCAGUCAAGAUGCUGCAAGUAUUGUUUCUAAUGGUAUCUUUAGCAUGCUCUGUAAAGGCUAUUCUUGCUCCACCUUUACCAAUUAAUGCAAGUCUUGGCUCCACUGCAGUGUUUACCUGUGUGUGUCAUGAUUGUAUUGGGCAAUAUUGGCUUGUUAAUGGUAGAUCUGCAGAAUUUCAGGACAUCCAAGAGAAAGGUGUUUUUCCAAAUGGACCAUACAUUUUUCCCAAUGGUAGUAAGCAGUAUAAUGUAUCAGUUCCUGCAACUGUUCAAUGGAAUGAAUCAACAAUACAGUGCGUUGUUAAUCGUAAUUGGGAAUAUUUUGAAAGUCCAAUAGUAAAAUUGUUGGUGCAAGGUAUGAUGAAAAUGAUUAAAGUAGGACUUUAUUUUUACUUAGGUUUGCUAUCAAAGGUUACUGCUACAGUGACACAAAUCAAUAGCACAACAUUAUUACUUAAAUAUGAAGCACCAGAUACACUAACAGGGGUGCCAAUAUUAUAUUAUAAUAUAGUAAUAUCACCAACUGAUGUAUCAGUUAAUAUUACUGAUACACAGUACAAGUUAUAUCUUAAUGAGUUUUGCUCUACUUAUAACAUUAGCAUAACACCAUGGAAUAUUGUUGGUAAGGGCAAUACUACCAUGGUAUCAGGCAUCAUAUUAUAUCAAGUUCCAGUCAUUACAACACCACACCUUGUUGAGGGAACUCUAGAAGCUUUCAUUGACUUUCAGUACAACAAGUACUGUAUUGGAACAGUACCACAAUUGGUUUUAUUGCACAUAAAUAAUGAAAAAUACAACUGUUCAUUGGUAUCUCCUACUACUAUUUGCACCAGUAUUAUUACUGCAGAUAUUAAUGAUGCUAAUGUUACCAUUAACAUAAGUAAAGUUUUGGAAUAUGGAACUACAUACAGUGUUGAAAUGUCCCUUUAUACUAUCAAUAAUAUCGGCUCUAAUAAUUUCACUUUCAAAUUCAAUACAUAUCAUGUCAUUUCUGCUACUAUAUUGUCAUCUAAUGACUCAACCGUUUGCGUCCAGUGUAAUUUUAGAAAUAAUUCCCAAUCAACAGGUUGUUAUGCAGCAUUUCAACUCAUUAAUAACAAUGAAGGACCGAUUUCAGCAACAAUUGUAUAUUAUGAAAUAAUAAAGCCACUGAUGGAUACAGUUGCCAUUGGUUGUAUUAAUACAUUGCCUAAUGGAAUGUACAGUGUAUCAAUAUUGGAUACAUUGAGUUAUCAAGAGGGAAGAUUCAAUAACACAGCCAUCAAUAUGUCAUCAAUAAUAAUUAUUAAUAACACUAUUAUUACUGAUGCCGGCAUUACUAGCAGUGCAAUAUUUAUAUCCACUACAAUAUAUGAUAUAGAGAGUUAUGUGGUCAAUAUUGCCUCCCCUGAUGUAAUUAACAGUAUACCUUAUUCCUCAAGCUAUGUCACUUUCUCAAGUUAUGAUAUAUCCUCAAGUUAUGCUACUUGUAGCUCAGAUUAUGUUACUCCUUCAAGUUAUGCUACUUCCUCAGGCUAUGUUACUUCCUUACGUUAUGCCAAUUCCUCAAAUUAUGAUGAUUUUGUACCUGUUGCAACAAAUAAUGCACCAGUUUUGAUAAUAUCACUGGCCAGCAUACUACCAGUAUUGAUAAUAAUAAUAAUAAUGGUGCUAUUGUUGGGUGUUUGCCUAAUUGUAAAAAAGAAAGGUCUAUCAGAAGAUGCAGCAAUACAAAGCAAUGAAGCAUAUGGUAUAAGUUUACCUGGUAAAGCUAGUGGUAUGAUGCAGUCUAACAUUGCUUAUGAGAGUAUUUCAAUGGCACUACAGACUAAUGCUAUUUAUGAACAAGUUGACAUAAUAGUGUAUGAAAAAACUAAAUAAUUGUUAUUUCUUUACAGAUGAUUAUUCUUAUUUUUGCUUGAUUUUUUAUCAUUCUUUUGAUUGAUUUUGUUCUUUGUUGUUGUAUAACUUGCAUUAUUGUUAAAGAUUUGUUUAAAAAAGCAAAAUAUUUUAACACAACUUACUAGAUAUACAUAAUUAUUACUAAGUCUAUGUCAUGAAAAAAAAUCAAUUAGGUUUUGCAGCAUUUAGCCUGUGGUAAUCUACACCUAAUGAACUUGCUACAUAUAAUGCACAUAUGCCGUUUCAAACAUUUGUAGCAGCAACAAAAAAUGAAUAUGAUAACCAGAGCCAAAAAUAGAAUUCCUGUUAAACUACCAAGGCCUGCAUU